AAAUCAGUAGAGAUGGUGAUUCUGCGUCCCACACGUUAUCCAUAACUCUUCUCUCAUCUUCCAUCAGCGAUGACUGCUUCCUAAACCUCCAUCACCCAUAGAAAUGCAGCUUCUGCCGCCGAUUCCUCGACCUCCACCAUCUCUCCUCGCGUCGCCGGCUGUCUCCUCUCUUCGCUCUCGUACCACGCCUCCUCCUAGACAUUUACGCAAACGCUAUGCGAGCAAGUGCCCGCCCCGCCGAUCACCCGCUUCCGACCUCCCUAAUCUCAAGUCGCUCACUGCUCGCAUCGUCCGCCUCACUCGCCGCCGCCAACUCGCUACCAUAUUUGAGGAAAUAGAGAUUGCUAAGAAGCAGCAUGGGAAGUUGAACAUAAUCGUGAUGAAUGCUGUGAUGCAGGCCUGUGUUCAUUGCCGUGAUAUUGAUUCAGCUCUUAGAUUCUUUGAUGAAAUGUCAAAGCCAGACGGUUGCGGGGUUGAUGAGGUUACUUAUGGUACACUUUUGAAGGGUUUGGGUGGUUCUCAAAUGAUUGACGAAGCAUUUCAAGUUCUUGAGUCUGUGGAGAAAGGUACAGCUGCUGGUAGUCCACAGUUGUCGGCAGAGAUGAUUUGUGGUCUGUUGAACGCUUUAACUGAAUCAGGGGAUCUCCGCCGUGCUAAUGGACUUCUUGCAAGGUAUGGUCAUGUACUUCAGGAAGGUGGAGCUCCAUCAAUUUUGACUUUUAAUUUGUUGAUGAAGGGAUACAUAACAGCUGGUUCUCCCCAGGCAGCUUUAGGUGUACAUGAUGAAAUACUGAGACACGGACUGAAUCCUGAUAGGCUGAGCUACAAUACUUUAAUUUUUGCGUGUAUCAAGAAUGAAAACUUAGAGAAAGCAAUGCUACUUUAUGAGCAAAUGAAGGAUAAAGCACAGAACCACCAACACUUUGAUGUUUACCCUGAUCUUGUUACUUACACUACAUUACUACAGGGUUUUGGUCGUGUCAAGGAUAUUAACUCAGUUGAGAAGAUCUUCACAGAAAUGAAAUCACGUGGCAAAAUGUUUAUCGACCGUGUUGCAUAUACUACAGCUGUUGAUGCACUGCUAAACUGUGGAUCAAUAAGAGGUGCCCUCUGUGUAUUUGGGGAGAUUGUAAAACAAGCUGGCUGGAACCCUUUGUUAAGGCCCAAGCCUCACCUCUUUCUGUCGAUGAUGCGUGCGUUUGCUGCUAGAGGAGACUACAGCAUGGUCAGGAGACUAUAUGAACGCAUGUGGUUUGACUCAUCAGGAACAAUUUCCUUUUCAAUACAAUCAGAAUCAGAUCAGCUUUUAAUGGAGGCAGCUUUAUGUCAAGGCCAGGUUGAUCUGGCUUUAGAAAAGCUGAAGAAAGUUGUAUGGAAAUGGAGGGAUAUAUCUUGGAGUACUCGAGGUGGCAUGGUUGCUCUACGACUUGAGGCACUAAUGGGUGUAAACAGGUCUGUGCUGAGUCCCCGUGUACUUCCCCAGGUAUCACCUAAAGAUGCAAUUGAGCGCAUUAUGAUACCGUUUGGAGAAGCUUCACCUCUUCGAGCUACUUUGAAAUUGGAUCAAGUGGUUAUGCGUUUCUUUAAUGAUUCUGCUGUGCCCAUCGUAGAUGACUGGGGGGGCUGUGUGGGGAUAUUGCACCGUGAAGACUGUGAUACACUAGAUGCUCCACUUGCAACACUCAUGAGACGUCCACCACCUUGUGUUACAAACUCAACAUCAUUUGGCUCUGUAAUUGAUCUUAUGUCAGAGAAGAGGUACAAAAUGGUAAUAGUUGUUAAAUAUGGUGAUGCCCAUAGAAUAUCUUCUGGCUCAAGUUUCAAGGCUGUAGGAGUGUUUACGUAUGAACAACUAUGUAAGCUUACACAGAACUAAUUGGAGAUUACUGAUGAGCAGUUUUCCCUGUCAUAUAGCAAUAAAUAUUUGAGAUGAGUUAUCCUUGGCUUUCUUUCUUCA